CGUGCGUGGCAUGAGCAACCACUUCACUUUCCCGCCAAAAUUCUGUUACGAGCCUAACGAACUAAACGAAAACACAAAUCGCGAGCUUUCACCUCCGAACAAAUUUUCCGUUGAAUGGCACCGUAACUUUUUCUUCUUCAAUCGCUCUCUAUGUUCUUCGAAAUGCAGCAACGAUCUUCAACUUCAAACGCGCGAUGUUCCACCGACGAUCACAGAGCCAUCAACAUCGGCGCAGAACAGCAACAGAACACUAAACGGAGAAGGAGCGCCGACGAUGAUUCAGUCGACGUACUUCCGGUUUAUCACGUACGAACUGUCGCCGGAAGGAGAGACGUUUCUCGGCCACGAUCGCCGCCGGCGGAUAAGAUGAUUCACGUUAUUCCCUUGCUUGUACUACUAUGUCUCUUCACUCUCUGGUGGUUCUCUUUUCCAGUAGAUCUGGAGUUCAAGGAUGGUAGGAUUACGACCAUACGACAAAUGGAUACACCGGUUUCAAACGAUCAUACUCGAUUUGAUCUUACGAUACUUGCUGUUGCUGCAUCGUCACCGAUUCCUUCAAUUCAUCCAGAUCUUUCAGGUGAGAAGGAAAUGUACUUCCCUCCAACGAAUUCGCCAACUCAAGAACCUUUUUCUUUGGUAAAGGAAAAAAACGAUUGAAGAUUUUUUGUGUCAAUUCCCUUUCUGGAUGAUCAUUAGAUGACAUAGAAUAGAGAUUUCAUCUGAAUUUGUGCUCAGUUAAAAUGAAACUAUGCCAAUUUUCAUUUCAUUGGUGAAGAAUUAUGAACUUCUUACAUUGAAUGCAUUCCAAAAAAACUAUGCAAUUUAGUCUCCUUUUUU